UGUAAGUUAUCAGGUGAUCUAUGAACCAUUCCAUUUUCAUGGUCUUGAAAACGGCGUACUCUAAGAACAUCGCAACCUUUUCAGUUUCCUACUUUAUCUACCUAACUUAUCGUCUAAGAUGGCAAUGAAUUAUCUCGGAAAAGCAGCAGGCUAUGCUUCGCAAGUGCUAACAAGAACUGUGAAGACCGAAGUGCAGCACCUUGCAACGGGGGGAGCGUCUACAAGCACGGGGCAAGCUGGCAGAAGUGAAACUCCACCAGUCUCCGAGCAACCGCGUACACAGACUCCGACUGACGGCACUAACAAGAUUGUUGCUUCGGAUACCAGUACUGUAAGAGGGAACACCAUGGUUGGUAAACAGAGAAAAAGAGGGCGCAAUGCACCGUCGGGUAGUCGUACUAAAAGAAGGCGCAGUAAGUAUUAUUUUCUUUAAAUGGGUAAUAAUAAUUUUUAGAAUAAAAGACCAUCAUCAACAUGAAAUACAUCAUUUAAAGCGAGUCUUCAUAAACCUCAUUCAUUUCAUGAUCUUGUGUUAGAUAUUAAUCAUUCGAUGUGGUGAUUCUCAUAAGGGUAAUUUAGCAGAAAGCAUGAGGGGAAAAAUUAUUUUCAUCCUGCAUGUGAAAGACAAAUAAUGUAUAACGUACCACAAAUGCCCAUACUUAGAAAGAAUCUGUUUCCCUUUUCAACGUAUUGGGCCUGCAGACAAGGAAAUACGUCGACAAAAUAAAUUAUACAUUGUCAAACUUGCAGCACUUACCCACACUC